AUGGGUCCGAAGAGUCUCUUAAUAGCAUUUUCUUUGAUUUUACCGAUAGUUUCUGCUGAUGAAACUUGCUUGAGUCAAUCGCAAUUGGCCGGAAUCAUAUUCGGAAGUGUUAUCGGAUCAGUCGUUAUAUGUACGGUCAUAGCUAUUGUUCUUUGGAGAUGUAUGCGAAACAGAAGCAAGGAGCCUAAGAUGGAAGAAAAAGCUGCCUAUACCAAUCCGGCUUGUGAUAUUGAGGAUAAAGCAUGUGAUGCUAUGCCCACCAAAAAGCUUUCUCAAAAAGAUCAGAUGACAAUGAUCGACUCGUUCAAACUACGUCGAAAAGUAUUGGAUGCUGGAACUCAAAAAUCUUUCAGCAGUGAACACAUUAAUGAGGUUGAUGCUCAAGUUGGAGUUCAGCUUAAAAGCGAUGAUCUUGGAGGUUUUGGAUUCAACAUCACGGGAAGUAUGAAUGAAGGCAUUUUCGUGAAAACAGUUCAUCCUAAGGGGCAAGCAGAGCAAACAGGAAAUAUCUUGGAAGGUGAUCGUAUAAAGUCUUUAACGAUUUCAUUCGAAGGCAUGGUUUGUGAGGAUGCUAUAACUUUGCUGAGUUAUUCCUCUCCAUACAAAGUGAAGUUAGAAUUAGAAAGAAGACUCAACAACGAUUCUUCUUCGCAAGCAAUCGACGGAAGUCCACGUCUUCAUCCCUUGUUCCGAAGCAACACCUUGACCAACAUCCAUUUUAAUCCAAUUACUUGUCCAACUCAAAGAUGCCCAUCUUUGGAAACAACUCAAAGACAUGCUUUGCCGGCAACAAUUGAAGAUUUAAAGAAUGAAAAAGAAAUUGAAGAGGAAGAACAAACUCAAGUACCGGAUAGCACGUCUUCAUGGACUGACAUAACGCCUGAAACUGCAGCAAUCGAAGGCGAUAUUUCGAAAAUGGAAAGCAGUGACUAUGCUUCCGAUAACACAUCGGAUUAUCGCGAAAGUUUAUCAGAUGAUAAAGAUAGUACACACUGCUUAUCAUCAUCAUCACAAGACACCAACAGCUUACAUACCGUCAGUGAUAGGAUCGAGAUUUCGGAGUUAGUAGUAGACAAGCCAUUGGUGUCCCCUAACCCUAAAUCUGCCACCAUUGAAUACUGUGCGGCACUUCCACCCAAACCAAAGAAAAUAGUUUCAAGGUCUCCUUCACCGAAGAUUAUCGCUAAGUCUCCUUCACCAGUUCCCAGAGUUCCUACGCCUACUCAGAGAAAACCAUCACCACCUCCAACACCACCAACACCCGUUAAGUCAAAAAUUCAACCACCAUCCCCACCAGUUCAACAGUCUGGAAUACCGAUAAGAAGAGAGAAAACUCAAACAAAAAUGUCGCCUCCCAAAGGUCCAGAAAUUACUGAGGCUAGAGUUUCAAGAAUUCCUAAACGGACCGACAGUAUGAAAACACCAGUAUUAGAGCGCAAACUACCAGCUCUUCCGAGAUCGGUUACUCAGCGUUCGCAUAGUGCUGAAGAUAAGGGUGAUGAUACUGUUUGGAGCAGAUUGUAUCAAGAGAAGAAAGGAACGUUGCGUAAGACAAGAGAGCCAAGUGCAGGAGCUGUAUCAUCCACAGUAACAUCGCCAAAAGUUCAGAGAACACCCAGUUCAGCAGACAAAUUUGCCUCGCUGAGUAGAGAACAUCGCGAAAAACUUCAGCAUAAUCAGAACACAUUGGAAAGACAGCGGGAAGAACUCCGCCAAUUAGGAAUAUUAUAA